AUGCCAGUGGCAUUGGUCUUGCUACUGGCAUUUACCAGUCUAUUGAUCAGAGGAGAAAGCAAUAAUGACUUAUGCAAGGAGAAUUUCAAGUUAGACCCGAGACCACACAGUGUUUCGAUCCUCGAGUUUGGAGCGGUUGGAGAUGGGAAGACGCUGAAUACGCUUGCUUUCCAGAACGCUAUUUUCUAUCUCAAGUCUUUUGCGGAUAAAGGCGGUGCUCAGCUUUAUGUUCCGCCAGGGAAAUGGCUCACGGGAAGCUUCAAUCUCACGAGCCAUCUCACUCUCUUUUUGGAGAAAGGAGCAACAAUUCUUGCAUCGCCGGAUCCGUCGCAUUGGGACAUUGUCAGUCCUCUACCGUCCUAUGGUCGCGGAGUUGAACUUCCCGGAAAGCGGUACAGAAGUUUGAUCAACGGGGACAAUCUAUUAGAUGUAGUCAUCACCGGUGAUAAUGGGACAUUUGACGGUCAAGGUGCGGCGUGGUGGGAGUGGCUUGAGACGGGAACCUUGAAUUAUAGCCGACCUCAUAUCAUCGAAUUCGUCUCCUCCAAACACAUCCUUAUAUCGAAUCUAACCUUCUUAAACGCACCCUCGAUCAACAUUCACCCUGUUUAUUGUAGCCAGGUUCAUAUCCGAAAAGUUUUGAUCGAAACAUCCGUUGAUUCUCCAUACGUUCUCGGAAUUGUCCCAGAUUCUUCGGACAAUGUUUGUAUCGAGGACUCAACUAUUAACGUCGGCCACGACGCGAUUUCUCUCAAGAGUGGUUGGGACCAAUACGGCAUAAACUACGGCCGUCCAACCACAGCUGUUCAUAUUCGGAAUCUGAGCUUAAAGUCUCCCACAGGCGCUGGAAUCUCCUUAGGGAGUGAGAUGUCAGGCGGAAUCUCCGACGUGGCAAUCGAGCUUCUCAGUAUACACAGCUCACACGUAGGCGUUGCUUUCAGAACCACCAGAGGCAGAGGAGGGUAUAUUCGAAAUAUCACAAUCUCCGACGUCGUUCUUGCUGGCGUAGACACAGCCAUAGUCGCCGACGGACACACCGGGUCGCAUCCGGAUGAUAAAUUCGACCGGGACGCACUUCCUGUCGUAUCAUAUAUCGUCUUGCGGAAUUUCACUGGAGAGGAUAUAGGAUUAGCUGGGAAUUUCUCCGGAAUCGGAGAGUCCCCGUUCACGUCGAUAUGCCUCACGGAUAUUCAUUUGCAAACGCAUUCGGAAUCUUGGGUAUGCUCCAACGUCUCUGGUUUCUCAGACGAUGUAUCGCCGGAGCCUUGCUCAGAGCUCAUGAGUUCUCCGUCGUCGUCUUGCUCCGCCGGUGGUAGUAGCAUAUACGGGGGAGAUACCGCGACGCAGUUAUACAGUUGGUAA